AUGAUCUCCAUAAUUCUUCUGCUCCUUUCAUCCCACCACGUGGCUUUUGGUGGGCUGCUGGCGGGUGAUUCGGGCUGUAUCACAAGCAGCAAGCAGCCCAACCCUGUUGACUGCCACCAACUUAUCAGCGCGUUCAGCCAAAACGAUGCAUCUGGCUAUAUCACGCUCGAGGGCAGGCAAAUCCUAGAGAUGGCCGUGGGGACUUGCGCGGGCACUCUAUUCAACAAGCAGUCCACCAAGGCAAGGGUCAACACGGGAACACUGGCGUUCGACAUGACAAAUAAGGUCUACAACCAAUGCGUCAUCAACGGCAUGUGGGGACGUUCGGAGACGGACCAGUACAGCAUCCAUAUCUGGUAUCUGGACCCCAAAGACGCCAGAAGUCCCUUUCGACACAACGCCUGGUCCACAAACAACGUGGCUUUGCCAGCCAAGCACAAGCGUGGUGCUGCGGGAACCACUUCCAUUAACAACUAG